ACUGACAUGCGGGGCGGACUAGCCCUGUGAUGGGCGUCCCCCGGCAUGUCAGUGUGAUUGAUCGUAGCUGUGCUAAAUUUAGCACAGCUACGAUCAACUCAGAAUGAUCCCCUUAAUCCGGCCAUGUGUGUAAUAUCAUCCAGAAAGAAAUAUGGGUUAUAUCAGAUAGCAAUGACAAUAAACAACACUGUUAUUAGGACAUGCUCGAAAAGCACAGAGGCAGGCUAGUGAGAAUCGUGACAUACAAACCAAUAAAGUAAUCUGACCGUGGAACAUCCUCUUUAAUUGUUUUUCAUGAAACACGUAUGUAACUUUCCCCCCGAGAAUACAUAAUAGUCAUUUUAGAAAUCUUCCAGAUUCCUUACUGCUGUAGCAGGUUUUAGCUGCCGAAGACUCCACCUCCAGGUGUAAGAAAGAGGUGGGCCACUGGGAGGCUUCAGUAUUUACCUGCAUUCUGGGUAUCAUCAGAGAAUCAGUCAUCUCUGCCCUGGUGUCUCUAAUUCACAUAAUCUGAGUGUAGCUGAAGAGAUGUUUGUCUAUGCCAGCAAGACCUGCAUGUUUCAUUUACUUCUACUAUUUUACAUCAUCUACAAGGUUAUCUCCAGCAGCCCCAGGACAGAUCUAUGGUAUGUCGGCUGUUAUAAUCUGACUUCUCUUAAUUCACAAGAUAUCAGAUAUGAGACUGUACCUGUUGGCAAGGCAGAUUUACCAUCAUGCUGCAAGUUUUGUCUGCUGAAAAAAUGUACGGAACCUAUAUGUUUGCCAUAUGGAGAUGGUAAAGAAAUGGUAGCCAUUUUCACCAGUUCCGGUCCUUACAGUAAUAAUGCCAACAUAAACCUUCAGCCUGACCAAAUUCGAAAAGGGUAUUUGGAAACUUUAAUGGAGAAACCUACAGUUGGUGAUAAUAUUGUUAGAGCUGCAGCAUUAUUUAACACCACUGAAGAGAUCGGUCCUUACUGUGAACCAGUAGCCCCAUCUGGCUUGUCAGUGGUGAUGAAUUCCAGUAGUAUACAUGAAGAUGAAUCAGUUUUAUUCAGCACAACUCUCACAGCCUGCACUAAUUUGUCAUACAUGUGGAACAUGGGGGAUCAAAUCACCUACUGCUGUGAAGGACCUGCGAUUACUUACAAGUUUCCCACUACUGCAAGUUAUAACAUUACUGUCACAGCUUGGAAUGAAAUGGGAAGGCAAGAAGCCUGGAAGUUUGUAAACGUCUUGCCCAGACAGAAAGCAGUUUACAUUUUUACCAAUGGAACAGUCUUUUCAACGGACAUGUACAUCAAUUUUACGGCAGUGACUGAAGAACAUGGACCUUUGCACUUUGUCUGGCAGUUUGAUGGCAGAUUACCAGAGAGAGCAAAUAGAAGAAGUAUAAUUAAACGAUUCACCCAAGCAAACAGGUAUAAUGUGGUGGUUAAAGCUUCAAAUCGAGUCAGCACUUUUGUCUCUGAUGUUCACACAAUAUUUGUGCAGAGAAGGGUCAUUCCCAAUCGCCUUGUCGCCAGUUCUUCUGUACUAAUAAACUCCAGUGUGAGCUUUCUAUGCAGAAUCAACUCUGGAACAAAUGUUAGUCAUUGGUGGAACUUUGGAGAUGGUACUGAAAGGCUUGGAAAGGACAAUGACACACAUGUGUAUACAAGUGAAGGGGAAUACACAGUCAAUGUUUCAGUCUUCAACAAUGUCAGCUCUGCCUACUUCACCAAGCAAAUUUUUGUCGUGAAGGAGCCAUGCCAGCCACCUCCAGUAAAAAACAUGGGGCCACUGAAAUUACAGAUUCGCAGAUAUGAAGACUUACAUCUUGGUGUGACAUUUGAAGCUGCAAUACUAUGCAAUAUCUCUCUAGGACUUCAAUACCAGUGGUCUGUUGUGAAGUCAGAUGGCAGUGUUACUCCCUUACCAGCUCAUGUCAACAAUAGAAAACAAACAAUUACAUUACCAGCAUUUUCUCUAGGAUAUGGGAAUUAUACAGCUCUAGCUCGGGUACAAAUUGUUGGAAAUGUGGUGUAUAGUAAUUAUACUGUAGCAGUUGAAGUUCUCCCCAGCGAUCCAGUGAGUGUCAUUGUAGAUGGCCAUCAUUUAUUUAUAGACAAAGACACAGUGACAUUCUUCAGGCUGAACGGGACAGCGUCUUUUGACCCAGAUUAUCCUGGAGCACAGUUAAGGUUCCAUUGGAAUUGUGUUCCAGUGACUGCACAUGAAAAUGUAUGCUUCAACUCACAAGUGCUUAACCCUCUUCAGAGCAGUAAUGAUAUUAUCUUAUUUCCAACUGCUUCGCUCAAUGACAAUUAUGAUCAGUUUUAUUUUACUUUAAGUGUGUCCAAUGGAGAUCGCAAAUCGUCAAAUGCUGAAACAUUGUUGUCCAUCAGUCCCAACACAAACUUUAGGCUGAUUGAAAUUAAUUGCAUUGGUUGUAAAGGGUCUUCUGUUAACUGGAACAAACCAUUCUCUGUACAUGCGGUUUGUGCAGACUGCAAUAACACUGGUGCUUUGUUAUAUCUUUGGACACUCUACUGGAUAAAUGCAACUGAGUCCAUCACUCCAGAAGUUCCCUUUUGCAGGUUAAAAGAAAGUAUGGGAGUUCCAAGCUCCCUUGGUGCUGAGGAUUCAUACAAUGGAACAUUUAUAGAAGUACACAAAACUUACCCUACACCAACUGCUACAGAAAAAGAAUAUCCAAAACAAUAUUUAAUAGAAUCGGACGUCUUACCAGAAUUAAAUCAUGGUAAUACUGAAAACACUGAGUCAAUAUCCAAUUCCUAUAUGAUGGAUUUACCUCUGGACCUGCUAGAAGAAGGCUCAAUGGGUGGUAGAGAACUUCCCAAUCGUGGAGCAACAAAGAAUAGAUCUGGAAAUUCAGAUCUUGGUUCUCCAGCACUGCACACAUACGAUGGAGUAAGUGGCUUCUUAAGUGGAGACGGAGAGGGUGGAAUUCAUAUACCUAGCCAUGUAAGGAAUCAGACACAUAAUGAUUUUUACUCACAUUUCUAUGGUAAUAUUGAGGAAGGCUUUGGAGGCUCUGGAACAAGGACAGAGGGUGACUUAUACUCUGUAGAUGGUUAUUCAGAUGAAGAUAUGGUCACGCAUGAUGGUGCUAACCUUGUGGAUCUGCCAUAUACACCUUCUCCAAUUAUACACUUAGGGAACUGGUUAAAACUGCCAAUUAGUAAAGAUGUAUUCAGUCGUUAUACUACGUCAGGUAUAUCCUCUCAAAUGAUCACAUUCAACCCUUAUGUUUUGAAGCCUAGCAAAACGUAUAUGCUUGAUAUUACAUUAGCAACACAAGAAAGGGAGGUUGGGAGGUCACAGUUAUACUUUACAGUAAAUGAAAUGUCACAGAAGAUGACCUGUCAGGUUCAACCCAAAGAUGGUAUUGAAGUGUUCACCAUUUUCAGCAUUUUCUGCACAUCAGGCAAAGAGGACCUUUAUUAUGAAUUUAGCUACCAAGUAGGAAAACAAUCACGGAAGACACUGUAUAAAGGAAGAGAUAUUCAGUAUUAUUUUACCUUGCCCUCAGGUGAUUCAGCUGCUGGAUAUCAAGUGACCAUUUUCACACAAAUUACAAAUCUGUAUGGAUCACAAACACAACCAUGCCCUGUGAAUGUGACUGUACAACCCAUUGUCUUUGGGAGUGCAGGUAGCAACUACUUCUCACAGCAGGAACUGUUUCAUGACAGCUUAAAAAAUCUUUCUACGCUUGUAUUAAUGGGAAAUCACAUUGAGAUUCGAAAUUAUGUUGUCUUAUUAACCACAAUCCUCAACCGAUUAUAUACAGAGGACUCUCAGCUGGUUUCUCACCAACAGUUUCAAAUGAGAAAUGAACUAAUAUUUAUCACUGUUCAGAGAUUAUCAUUCAGUAACCAGGAUGAACUCAUGGAUAUUGUGUCAAUGCUGAGAGAUCUUUUCGAUGUUUCCAAUCAGGUAUCAGCCCACAGUGCAGUGCUUAUUAUUAAUUAUACAAAAUCAAUUGUGAAUGCAAGAUUUGAAAGCAGAGAACUUAAAAGAAAACUGUCUGAAAAUGUAAUUUUACUAAUAUCCAGAGCAAUGGAAGUGCUAUCCAAAUCCACGGAUACGAAAAAUACAUUCAUGCAUGCAGUUGAAUAUAUCAGCGAAUUGAUGGUGAAGUACAUUACAUUAAACAAUGAGCAACAUUUUGCCGUUAACACAACUCUCCUGGAUCUUCAGACCAACCUGUAUGAAAACUCACAUACUAAUGUCCAAACCAUUGGUUCUUCAACAUUUUACCUGCCACAAUUAUUAGAAAAUUCUAACAGAGGAAAAAACACAAGUAUAACUUGUUACAUUAGCCUAAUUAAAUAUUUCAAGAAAAGGCCUUAUUUUCUGGACACAGUGCCCUCUGAACAUAAUGGCUAUUUUUCAAGCCUCACUCUCUACGACUGUUCUACUGGAAGGAAACUCAGCACUCGUGACAUUGUAACACCAUUCAAAAUGGAGUUUGAGAACAAAAGAAGCCAGGAUGAAACAUUGAAUACAACUACAUUUGUACUGUUUCGGGACAAAAUAAAUUUCCAUCAGUUCAAUACAACUGUUAAAAACAAACAGUCAGCACUGCAAAUAACAAUUAGGUUUUCUAAGCCCAAAUCCAGAACGUUUCCUGUCUUGCUUUUGAUAAGGCACUCUAAAAAACCUUCUCCAUCUACCUUUAACAUAAAGCAAAUACAUUGGGAAGAAGAUUCUGCUGACAUAUUUAUUCCUGCAGAUUCCAUUAGAGAUACAGGAUAUAGUUACCUGGCAUUGAUGGAUGCAGACUACAAGAGGCACCCCAAAAAUAAAUAUAUAUCCAAAGUGAUAAAUUAUACAGUUGAUGUGCAGUGGACACAGUGUUUAUAUUGGCAGAAUAGACAUUGGGAUUUAGAAGACUGUUCUCCUCAGAAGGGAACCACAGCAGCAGUGCUCACUUGCAGCUGUACACGUCUAGGACUAUACACCACUGCGAGCAGCCAAGUGUCUUUCUACUUUAGCAUGGAAGAUGUCACACAAUUUUUAAGUACUACUACAAAUCCAGUUCCUUGUGUUAUUAUUGCGCUUUGCAUUUUCCACUACUUGUUAUUGGUGAUAUUCUGUAAAACUAAAGACAAGCAUGAAGACCAAAAGGAUGGCUUUGUGUUUCUUCAGGACAAUUCUCCCAAUGACCAGCAAAAAUAUGCUAUUAUGAUUGAUGUAGGUUUCCGAUCUAGACCACAGUCAACAGCAAAGGUGCACAUUGUUUUACAUGGAGAAGAUGUUGUAUCUGAAACACGUGAGCUAUAUUGUCCAGACAAGCCUCUGUUUGAAAGGAAUUCACGUCACACAUUUAUCAUGAGUGUACCUGACAGUCUUGGGCCGUUAUGGAAGAUUCAUGUUUGGCAUAACAACAGUGGUCACUCCCCGAGCUUGUACAUUAGUCACUUGGUUAUCAAAGAUCUUCAGAGUGGAACCAGCUGGUUUUUCUAUGCGGAGUGCUGGCUUGCAGUUGAUGAGGGAGAUGGAAAAGUGGAGCGUGAAUUCACAGCUGUAGGACAUGGAAUAGGAUUCAGAAAGCUCUUCUACUGCAAAUUCACGGAGUAUUUGGAAGACUUCCACUUCUGGGGCUCAGUCUUCAGCCGACCUUCUUAUAGUUGGUUUACUCAUACACAGCGAAUCACGGCAUGCUUUGUCUUACUUGUGGGUUAUAUGUGCUUCAACAUUGUCCUCAUUCACCAGAAAGAUGAUCAGUAUACUGUUGAGAUUGGUCUUAUUGACAUCUCUACAAUUUCCACGAUAUCUGGACUACAAGUUACUCUGGCUGUUUAUCCAAUUGUCGUGUUAUUAUCGCUUCUCUUUAGGUUUAGUGAGAAAAAGUUGCUAAAAGAUUCUGGAGAAGAAAGAUUUAAGGUUGUAAAAGACCCUCAAAUUACCCCUACUGCAGGACAUCAGCAUUCUGUAUCAGCAGCAGACACCAUAUUUGAAUCCAAUUUGACCUGGCAUCACUUCCAGUAUUGGGCCUAUGAUGCUUGGAAGAAAAAAUAUGAGAGGGAUAUUUCUGCUUCAAGCAUUCACUGUGGAAAUGGAAGCAGGACUUACAAAACUGGAUGCCCAUCACUGUCUAAUCAAAGCUCAAGUGGAUUUCAGGACUGUGGUUCUAACAGUGAUCAUAAGACUGGGCUGAAAGAAUUCAAGGACUGCACAAAUGGAACAUGCUCACAGUAUUGCUCAGAUCACAGUUUGUUUAAAACUCCUGUUCUCCAUGGGUAUAAAGUUCUUCCUUCGUGGUGCAUCUACGUUGCUUGGACACUAUGUACAGUAAUUAGCUUGUUCUGCGUGACCAUCACAGUAAUGAUUGGCAUCAGAUUUGGUCCUACCAAGUGUGUGCUCUGGCUUCACGCAGUGUUUUUCUCAGUGAUCUACUGCAUUUUUAUUGUUCAGCCUUUGUCGAUUUUACUCAUAUCACUAUGUGUAGCCUGGAGGAAGAAAGAGAGAACUGACUUCUUUCUGGAAGCAUUAAGUGAAGACGUCAAGUACAUUAUUGGUGAGCGAUGUCAGCCUAUAGAGACCUUCAGAGCUCACUCUCAUCUGAGUAGUCAUGAGACAUCAAAUUUUGAAAAGAUCCUUGCUGCCCGGAAAAGAGCUCGAUAUUUGAAACUUGCUCGUCCACCAACUCCUGCUCAGCUAAAAUUAGUCAAAGACAAAAUCAGAAGAAAAACAGUUAUUCAGAAAGUAUUUCGGGAACUUACAGUGUACAUCAUCAUGACUUCUAUGUUAAUUUUCAUAACAAUGGGAAAAUAUUCUCAAAACGAUUAUUUUUUAAACCAAGCAGUAAGGAAAGAAUUUACAAGAAAUGUUAAACAGCCAUUUGGUGAAAUCAUUACAGAGGAUCACUGGUGGAAUUGGAGCUUCAAUGUACUACUUGAUGGGCUGUACUGGAAUAAAUGGUACAAUAAUGUUUCUGCAAGUACUGAGGCUGGACCCAUUGAAGGGAAAUUCUUUCUAAUUGGAACUCCAAUAAUGAGAAAAUUAAGUGUUGCAAAUAACUCUGCCUGCAUGAUCCCUUCAUUUUUGGUAUCACAAUAUCCUGACUGUACACUCACACAUGAUCUACUAAAAGGAGCAAGAGGUUGGUCUGACAUACAGGACACAGGGGAAAACCAAGAAAAAUAUUACCAGUGUGGCCAGAUUCAGUGCUACAGUGACAUGGGUUCCAUUGUAAAUCUUGGCAGGUUAAGGAAUGAAGCCUAUUCAGCUCUGCUGAACUUAAGAAAUCAGCGGUGGAUAGAAAAAGGAACAAGAGCUCUUGCUGUACAAUUUGUCCUGUAUAACCCUCCGACUAAUCUAUUUACAAGUGUGUCAUUGCUAACAGAAUUGCCAAGAUCAGGUGGCAUCAUUACAUCAUCAGUUAUAGAAUCCGUUACAAUCUACCGCAUCACCAUACUUAUGGAUUAUUUCAUUAUGGUAUUUGAGCUGAUGUUCCUUGGAAUGAUUCUUAUAUUCUUGUAUUUACAACUGAGUAUUAUGACUCAGCGGGGCAUCAGGAGCUACUGGCAAGAGCCAUGGAACUGGGUAGAGGUUUCUAUAAUUGUGUUCAGCCUGUGUUAUUACAUCAUUCAGCUGUACCACUUCCUGCUUGCGGUAGAUAUUAUUGAUCAUCUUCAGAAAGGAUUUUUUGGAGUAUUUAUAAAUUUCAGCUUGAUUGCUGCUUGUGAAAAGUGGACAUGUUGUUUGCAUGGGAUCAUUUUAUUUUUCAUGAUAAUUAAAUUAAUAAAACUACUACGAUUUUACAAAAUGAUGGCUCCCUGUGUAGCAGUAUUUCAUCUCUCUUGCUCCAGCUCAUUGUUCAUAAUGCUCAUUGGAAUUGUCUUCAUGUUAGCCUAUUCCUCAGUAGGUCACAUCAUGUUCUCUGAAAACUACCCGUUUAGCAGUGCACUAACUUCGAUCCUGACUAUUUUUACACAUUUGCUUGGAGUUCGAGGAUCAAACAAUAUACAUUUUUUGCAUAGCCAAAUCAAAUCUAAGCACUUCCCCACAGCUUGUUUCUAUGGAACACUCUUUGUUAUAAUUACACUUUUAUGGAAUGGAAUGAUAAAAGGAAUUCUGACUUCGGUUGUAAAAUGCUCAAAGAAAGUACAUCGCAGUAAGCACCUUGUGACAUUUCGAGACGUUGCAUCUCAUAUAAGAGGAUUGGUGCUAUCAAUAGUCGGCCGACAAAGACAUAAGACCACAGACAGCAUGUCUGUAACUGGCAGUAACUUCUACUUGGAUGAAUUUGAGGACCUGAUAGAUGAGCUUCUAUUUCGGCUAAACGCUAUAUCAAACUCACUCCAUCACUCACUUCCAGCAAAGCCGCAUUGUUACACAGAAGAAGAUAUGAAUCACCUUGAGACCGGCUCUAAUUUUUCUUUUAAACAAACAACUGUAGAGCAUGACAAUUACUUACAGGAAGAAAGAAUGUUCGUGGAAUCAGUCACUGUGAAGAAUGAAGUGCAACGAUUUUCCUCUGUACCUGAUGGUUACAUUGCUCCAGAGGAUAUUCACGCAAAGAACUACUCUGAAUGCGUCAUGGACACCAAACUAGAAAGUGAGGAAUGCGUUCUCAAGACUGAGCAUGGAAACCAACUGUCAUUUAGAAAUAAUACCUUUAGUACAGAUUUUUCCCAGUGUGUGUAUACUGAAAAAAGAGGUCAACAUGUUCUACAUAAUCAUAAGGAGAUGUGGCCCGCUGUUUUGUCUAAGGAUCCCUGUGUGGAUACUAUAAGUCUUCAAUGCGAUAAAAUAGAAAGUAGAAAAUGUAGUCACAUGCGCUGCACUUCAGCCAAUAUUUUGUCUAAAACUCGCAAACCUCUAAAACGCUCUUACACCAUAAUUAUUGAACCUUUGGAAAGCAGUAGCAUAGCUUCAGGGAACAAAGUGAUUGCACAUGAAAGCAGAACCCCAAGUACCCAAAAAGAUGACAAGGGCUCUCAGGAACAGAAGUUCUAUAUUUUCCAAGGAAGUCACUGCGAAAUUAAAAUUGAGAAGGAGCUACAACAGCCAUAUGCAGAAACUGUUGUACAUAGACCUACGCAACAGAACGUUAUGAACAAAAAUGUGGUACUUCAAGGGGAUGAUAAAACAUGCAUUGGCUACAAUGUAGAUGCUGUCCAGUGUUCUAUUAAACAAUGUUGGUAGCUCAUGAAUAUUAACAUGACUGUGAUUAAGCAUGUAUGUGAUUAAUUUGUAAAAAAUAUCAAAUGGACAUGUAUAUGCUAAAGGGGCAGAUGUAUUAAGCCUUGAGAAGUGAUAAA